CCUAAAUCAUCAGCCAAACGAAAAAGAGCAACGCAGUCUUCGUUUCUUCGUUUCCAGCUGCUGGCGACCAGGAUCGCGGCGUCUCUCCUCCUCUUCUCGACCGGCGACUGGAGACAAGGACCGCCGCUGCUCCGCGCUCCGCAACCGCGUCUCUCCUCCUCUUCUCGACCGGCGACCGGAGACAAGGACCGCCGCUGCUCCGCGCUCCGCAACCGCGUCUCUCCUCCUCUUCUCGACCGGCAACCGGAGACAAGGACCGCUGCUCCGCGGUUGCUCUGCGCUGCUCCGCCCUCCGCCGUUGCUCCGCCCUGCUCCGCCGGCACGCUUCUCCCUCCCCUGCUCAAGAAGAACACGCCGCCUAGAAGUAGUCGAGUAAGGAGAUUGACUGCUCAACAGCUCAAGACAACAACACGGCAGGCGCUGUAGGUUCUCAAGAAUGAACUCGUCGCCGCCCUCAUCUGCUGCUAACUCAGAUUUGGCAUGUCGUUGAUGAUUAAAUCAUCAUCACACCACUCCGCAAGCAUUUCGCAGUCAGCAGGCGGGAUUGUGAUUGUAGCGGGUGAAGAGGACGGGGAUCGAGGCAUGGCGGCAAAGUUCGAUUGUGGGGAGGAGGUUUGGGAGAAGGCUGAUCAUUGAGGAGAAGUAGUUUUGGGCGUCAAUUACUAGGAGGGUGGAGAUGUUUGGGUAUGGGUUUCGUUUUUGGGCUAGGAUGAAGAUUUCAGAUUGCAUGUCGCCAUUGUUGCUCACUUGCUCUGCUGGUGCGAGAAGAAAGCGGAAUGAAGAAGAAGGAAAGGUGAUUUUGGAUCCGUUGUCGUCUAAUGGGAUGGAUGGGAGGUAGAAAUCUUGUUUGGCACCUGGGCUGGGCUGGGAUUGAUGAACAACGCUAUAAUGAAAUGGGCUGAGCCUGCAAGUGUAACAUAAUAAAUAGUAAAUGGACACAAUCCCUAUAAUUGUUUUAGCAAAGUGUUAGAAGGCUUUGUUACGUAGAAGCUCAUUAGGAAUAAUUUUAUUAAUAUUAUUUAGUAAUUAAGUUAUAAAAAAUAAUUAAAAUUAAUAU